UUUAUUGACUUGACACAUACGUAAACGAACAUGAAUCUCUAUAUCUAUAUAUACAAAACAUUUCAUUUAGUAACUCCAAUUCAGAACAAAAAAAAAGGAAUAAAUAUCGAACAAAUUUCGAAAAGAAGUGCAUCUAUGAGUGAUACAGAGAUGUCAGCGGUAGCAGUCGCGGCUGCGAUUGUGGUGGUAACUGCGGUUGCGGUAUGGAUAUGGAAAGGCCUGAAUAUGGCUUGGCUUAGACCAAAGAACCAAGAGGCUUGUCUAAAGAGACAGGGUCUCUCUGGAACCCCUUUCACCUUUCUUGUCGGAGACGCUAGAAGGGAAGCCAGUAUGGUGGAGCAAGCAAAGUCUAGACCCAUCAGUCUUACCGACGAUUACAUGCCACGUAUCAUUCCUCUGAUAUUACAGACCGUUAAGGAUCAUGGGAAGACAACUUACAUGUGGAUGGGACCUAAAGCGAGUGUGAUUGUGACGAAACUAGAACACAUCAAAGAAGUUCUAAACAGAGUUUACGAUUUCCCAAAGCCACCAAAGCACCCAGUCGUUGAGCUUUUUGCUACUGGCGUCGCACUGUGUGACGGAGAGAAAUGGUCUAAGCAUAGGAAGAUAAUAAACCCUUCUUUUCAUCUAGAGAAGCUCAAGGUUAUGACACCUGCCUUCUACGAGAGCUGCAGUGAGAUGACAAGUAAAUGGGAGAGAUUGGUGAGCGAGCAGGGCUCAUCGAAUGAGAUUGAUAUUUGGCCAUACCUUUGUGAUGUAACAUCAGAUGUCAUUUCGCGUACUGCGUUUGGUAGUAGCUACGAGGAAGGUAACAGAAUCUUUGAGCUUCAAGAAGAACAAGGCCGGCGACUUUUAAAAGCUCUUGAGCUGGCUUUUAUCCCUGGAUUGAGGUUCCUACCAACAAAGAACAACAUGAGGAUGUGGCAGAUAGAUAGGGAAGUUAGGUCUAGACUGAAAGAGAUCAUCAUGAAAAGACAGAGAGCUAUGGUAUCUGGGGAGGCUCCAAAGAAUGAUCUGUUGGGGAUACUUUUGGAAUCUAAUUCGGGAGAUCACGGUAUGAGUAUUGAAGAUGUGAUCGAAGAGUGCAGGCUGUUUCACUUCGCGGGCCACGAAACCACCGCGGUGCUGCUCGUCUGGACCAUGAUUAUGCUGAGCCAUCACAAGCAAUGGCAAGAUCAAGCUAGAGAAGAGAUCUUAGAAGUCAUUGGGAAGACCAACAAACCUAACUUUGAUACACUCUCUCGACUCAAAAUAAUGAGCAUGAUCGUUAACGAGGUGUUGAGGCUAUACCCACCAGGGAAACUACUUGGUCGAACAAUAGAGAAAGAAACAAAGCUUGGUGAGGACAUGACACUUCCAGGUGGUGCACAAGUAGUGAUUCCUGUUCUUAUGAUUCAUCGUGAUCCCGAGCUCUGGGGAGAAGAUGCUCAUGAGUUUAAGCCCGAAAGGUUCUCUGAAGGGAUCUCAAAGGCCACGAAGAACCAAGUCUCGUAUCUUCCGUUUGGAUGGGGACCAAGAUUCUGUCCUGGCCAGAACUUUGCUCUGAUGGAAGCUAAGAUGGCUCUUGUCUUGAUUAUGCAGAGAUUCUCCUUCGAACUGUCACCUUCGUACACUCACGCCCCUCACAUGGUUCUCACACUUCACCCUCAGUUUGGUGCUCCGUUGAUCUUCCACAUGCUCUGAGAUCGAUUCACAUUAUAGUA